AAUUUGGUUCUUUUCCUGACAUCUUCUCCCGCUCUCCUUUGUCGUUCAUUUGGGUUCUCUCACUAUCCCCAUCAAUUUUCUCUCUCAUCAGUUUUGUACCUUUCAAUCAAUCAAUCAAAGAACCUCACACCAAAUUUCCAUCAAAAAAUCCAAAAUCGAUUGAACACCAUCUCAACCAGUUGCAGAAAAGGGCAAGAAAUUUCUCUAACAAAAAUGGAGUUUAUCACCUCUUUUUACUUCUCAUGAAUCACAAAUUGAUUAGGUUUUGUUUGUUUAUCUAGUUUUCCGACAAGUUCUACUUUGUUCAGGUAUGGUUGUUGGAGAGAAUGGAGAAGGUCCUGCUGUGCUGCAAUUGCACAGAUGGGAUCCUUCACAUAUCCAAUUGGAUCUAUCGGAAUAUCGGGAAGCUUUUCUCUCCCCUACAAAGGAGCUCUUGCUGUUGCUUUCAUAUCAAAGUGAAGCCAUACUGCUCCCUUUAUCAAGAGGUGACUCAUACUGCAUUACCUCUGAAAGUUGUAAAUAUGAAUGUCAAGAGAGUUUAAAUUUGUCAUCUCCUUCCGCUCUUAGGUCUGAUUCAUUGGAUAAUACUCCAAGUACUUCUGAAUCAGUGGCAGUGGUUUCUAAUAAUGGAUUUUCUGAUGAGAGCAAUAUUUCACGAUCUAAUAAUUUCCCUUUUAUAUCUGAUGUAAAUUCGGUAGCUUGGGGCUUGUGUGGGGAUACUUAUAAACAGCACAAGGAAGCACCAUUUAGGGAGUUUCUCAUUGUAGUUGGCAAUUGUGGUGUCACAUUCCAUGCAUUUCGGCAAGUUGGUGAAACCGAUGCAAUUGUCAGGCAGUCAUUUGAAGACGAAAAUAAGCUAGGAAGAUGGAUGGAAUGGGGCCCAUGUAGUGUGUCUCCGCGUGAUAAAGAAGCUCUUGGAGAUGUCAGUGUUGCUAGUUCCUUGACCUCAAAGAAGUGGCUAAGGUCCUUUUUGAGCUCAUCCAGGGUUAUGGAAUCUGAUGGCACUGUUUGGACCCAUUUUCCUGAGAACUCGGAGCUUCCCUGCUCGGCAACUGUUGUUUCAUUUGUUGUCGAUUUCACCGAUUCUAUACUUAUGGACUUUUAUUCUGGUGCUCGUUCUGUAUUAGAUGAAGGUGCACAUGAAGAGAAAGGAGUUCACAUUCCGGUGGGUCAUACAUCAUUGGAUGGCAUAAGUUCGGAUGUGAAUGUUGUUGCCAGCAGUUCCUAUACUUGUUUCAGAGUAUUCUCAAGCUGGUUUCAUUACUUAAUUGGGUUUGUUUUGUCACCUGGGUAUGAUAAUAUCAAAAACAGUAGUGAUUUUAGUUCUAAAAGCCGGGACAUAGUGGUUAUCGUUGCUCUCUUAGACACAUAUGGGCUUAAGUGGCUGUAUUCUGUCAAGCUUCCACAAAAGGGUAUAAGCUCGGAAGCUGAGUGGGUAGACUUCCAAAUUUCUGACAAGUUUCUUAUUUGUCUUAACAAAUUUGGAUCCAUUCUUCUACAUGGUGCAGUGACAGGGGAAUAUAUUGCCUAUUUGGAUAUCUUACAUAUACACGGACUUAAACCUGAAAAGAACUUGGACAAACAAGAAAAUUUAUCAGUAGAUGUGAAUGAUAACGAAAAAGAUAAUAUGUUACGAAAUAAGUUUGACGAUACUUGUAUCCUGAAUCCUCAAGCUCGCAGUUUUGCCUACAAACGGAGUUUCAAAAGAUUGAUGGUUGCUCCAUAUUCCUGUCUAUUCAAUGUUGUUGACGAUUGUGGUGUGCUUUAUAUAAUAUGUGCUAGUGAUCAUGUGCCUGGUAAAUAUGUUAUGUUUGACAAGAUUCUUCCACAAUAUCUGAAGCUUGGUGUUUUGGCCCCAUGGGUUGUUGGUCAUUCUAAUAUAAGCCAACAGAAGGUGUUUUCCGCUUCAGGCUGUGAAAAGUCACUUAUCAGGGAUGACUUUGGAAGUUUAGGGUUCCAGCAUGUUCAGAACUGGAAUAUUCAAGGGAUGGUCAAUGAAGAUGACUUAAAUUUGAGUGGUUUUGCUGCAGUUUCCCGGCAAAGCAUUUCAAAUGUUGCAGAAUCUAAAUGCUCUUGCUGUAUAAGGAAGUUAUUCAUUCCCAUUGCAAGUCAUGGUAUGGCGGACAUUAUUUGUUUUUCUCCUUUGGGGGUCACCCGUCUUAUUAGAAGAAAGAGUACAAAAAGUGAAAGGAGUUGUAUUGUUCAUACCAGUUUGUACAUAGAGUCAAACUUUUGUGAUGACAAUUGCUUGAAUCUUGUAAAUAAAACACUUGACUUGCAAAAUGAAGCCAAUGUUGUUGAUGAAGAGGCUGUUGGUUGCAUUUUCCAGGGUUCUUUAUAUAUCGUUACAAGGAAAGGAGUAUCAAUUGUUCUUCCCACUGUCUCAUUGUCAUCUAACUUUCAUCCCAUUGAGUCUUUGAGCUACCAGUACACAAAAAAUAGUGAAGUGGCGUCACUUAACUUGCAGAAGUCAUUGAUGUAUGAUAAAUCGAAACAGCUUGGGUCACCAUGGCAAGUGGCAGUACUUGAUAGAAUUCUUUUGUAUGAAGGUCCCGAGGAAGCGGAUAGGGUGUGUUUGGAAAAUGGGUGGAACCUCCGAAUUUCCCGGCUGCGCCGACUGCAAUUGGCACUGGCAUACCUAAAAUUUGAAGAGAUGGACCUAGCCUUGGGAAUGCUUGCUGAGGUCAAUGUAGCUGAAGAAGGGAUUUUGUUAUUGAUAUUUGGGGCCAUUUACAUGAUUGUUGACAGAGUUGGAAAAGAUGCCGAGGUUUCUGCUGCUUUAAGAAUACUAGCAUUAGGAGCUGGCUUCGCAAUCAAGAUGCUUCGGAAAUAUGCUAUUUUGCAACUUACGAAUGAACGUGCAUUACAUAGGAUGGAUAUCUGUUCUCAACCUCUACUUUUGUCCUCUAAAGAGCAUAAUGAAUUUCCAGAUUCAAGAAGGCUACACGAGAUGGCCUAUUAUUUGGAGAUUAUUCGUAAUAUCCAAUGUCAACUUGCUGCUAAAUUCACGAGGCUGGGGAAAGGAUCGGUUGAUACCUUUGAAGCACAACAUCCUGAAGGCCCACAGAGCUCAUCCGAGGAUCACUAUCAGCUUUCUUCUGCUGCAGAUAGUGUGAUAUCAAUGGACAAACAAAACCAAUAUGAACCUACCUUACGGGAUAGGGAUGUGGGCUUUAAUGUAUCUGAGAAACUUUCAUUAGUGCCUGUUGAACCACUGGGUUCUAAAUGUCUGGUGAACUCAGAAAUGCCAGAUGAAGAAUCAAUCCUUGUGACAGGAGUGAUUCCAAAAAAGAAUCUCUUCUCUAUGGAGAACCCUAAAGCAAUGUUUGCACGUUGGGAGAUGGACAAUUUGGACUUAAGGAAUGUUGUUAAAGACGCUUUACUGUCUGGCCGCCUUCCACUUGCAGUUCUUCAGCUUCAUCUUCACCAUUCAAAAGAUUCUGUGGAUUAUGAGAAGCCUAGCGAUACUUUUGCUGAAGUUCGUGAUGUUGGAAGAGCAAUCGCCUAUGAACUACUCUUGAAGGGUGAGACUACAUUGGCUGUUUCAACUCUGCAAAAGCUUGGGGAAGAUAUAGAAGCUUGUCUAAAGCAAUUGCUAUUUGGUACGGUUAGCAGAUCGAUGCGGAGGCAACUUGCUGAAGAAGUGAAAAAAUUUGAAUUUAUCAGGUCAUAUGAGCUGGCCAUACUUGAUAGAAUAUCGUUGAUUGAGAGAAUUUACCCGUGCAGUAACUUUUGGAAAACAUAUGCAUCCCGGAGAAAGGAAGGAAAUGAAGUUUUGUUGUCUACUGAAGUAUCUGAAGAUUAUAGCUUGCAUCUCUUGUUUCCCCCUGCUUUCAGAAAUCUUAUUAUCGAGUGCGGUGACAUUGAUGGAGUAGUUUUAGGUUCAUGGGAAAAUCUUGAGGGUUUCGGUAGCCCUGAGGCCGACGAUGACAGCAACCAUGCGGGGUACUGGGCUGCAGCUGCUGUUUGGUCUAAUGCUUGGGACCAAACAACUAUAGAUCGUAUUUUGCUGGACCAACCUUUUCUAUUGGGUGUUCAUGUCAUGUGGGAAUCACAGUUUGAGUAUCAUGUAUGCCAUAAUGAUUGGGAGGAAGUAUCUAAACUUUUGAACAUGAUUCCAAACUCGUUACUAGCUGAACGAAGCCUUUUCAUCAGUCUGGACAGUUUGCAGUCUGCUUCUUCAACUAGAUACAAUGCCGACUUCCCAGAUUAUGGAAGUUAUGCUUGCUCUCCUGAUGAAUUAGAAGGAGUUUGUAUCGACAUUCCAAAUGUUAGAAUAUUUAGUUCUUCAGCAAAUGAUAUGUGCUCAUCAUGGUUGAGAGUGCUCAUAGGUAAGGAGCUUGCCAAGAGAUUCAUUUUUCUUAAGGAAUAUUGGGAUGGAGCAGAAGAAGUAAUCUCUCUGUUGGCCCAAUGUGGCUUGCUUGAUGGAGAAAAUGGGAUGUCCUCUCAGAAUGGAUCCUUGCAUCACUCGGCCAUUCUGGAUUCUGCAGAUGUUGGAGUAAUGCACCCAAAUACUUUGCAGGCCUUCCAUAAACUUCUUGUGCAUUACUCAGCGCAAAAUAACUUGUCAUAUUUCUUAGACCUUUAUCUUGAUCAUCACAAGUUGGCCUUGGACAAUGAGUCUAUCAGUGCAUUACUGGAAGCGACAGGGGAUCAUCAAUGGGCAAAAUGGUUGCUCUUUUCCAGGAUUAAAGGGCACGAAUAUGAUGCAUCAUUUUUUAAUGCCCGUGCACUUCUAGUGCGUGAUGUAGUCUCUGACGGUAGCCUCCCUGUAUUGGAGGCUAAUGAAAUAAUUUCUACUGUUGAUGAUAUUGCUGAAGCUGGAUGGUUAAUGGCAGCUCUGGCCACAUUAAUGUUUGCUCCCUUGCCUAUACAAAGCUGCCUGAGCAGUGGAAGUGUGAAGAGGAGCUGUAACUCUUUCCAGUGUACACUCGAAAAUCUGAGGCCGGCCCUCCAAAAGUUCCCUACCCUAUGGCGCACACUUGUGGCAUCCUGUUUAGGACACGAUACUACUCAGAGCUUCUGGGGUCUUAAAGGGAGGAAUGCUUUAUCGGCGUAUAUCAACUGGCGGGAUAGUGUCUUUUAUUCUUCUGGUCACGAUACUUCACUUAUGCAAAUGCUGCCUUCCUGGUUUCCGAAAAGUUUGCGGAGAUUAAUUCAACUUUUUGUCCAGGGUCCACUGGGAUGGCAGUCAAUGACAAGUCUGACAGCUGAAGAAGCUUAUCUGCAGCGUGAUAUAGAAUUUCUUAUGAAUGUCCAGGAAUACUCUGAGAUUAGUGCAGUGUCCUGGGAAGCCGCAAUCCUGAAACAGAUUGAACAGGAAUUGUAUCCUUCUUCCAUAGAGGAAACUGGACUUGCUCUGGAGCAGCACUUGCACCGAGGACGGGCGCUGGCUGCCUUUAACCAACUUCUUGGUUCUAGGGUCCAAAAGCUGAAAUCUGACGGCCUUGACAAAGGACAACCUAGUGCAUUGCUUCGUGGACAAGCAACCGUCCAAUCAGAUGUGCAAGCACUGCUUUCCUCAUUAACACUAAACGAAGAAUCUGUUCUUUCCUCGGUUGUGCCCCUGGCUAUUACCCAUUAUCAAGACUAUGUGCUGGUUGCUUCAUGUGCUUUACUGCUGGAGAUUUGUGGUUUAUCUGCUAGUAUGCUUCGUGUUGACGUUGCUGCGUUGAGACGAAUACAUUCCUUCUAUAGAUCCAAUCAAAUUAUGCAACAAAACCAACUCUUGUCCAAUAGUACCACCCUGCAUACUGCUUCUAGUGAAGUAACGGUUGCAGAUUCUGUUGCUCAAGCUCUCGCAGAUUAUUACCUUCACCAGAGUGGAAGUGUAAAUAAACAGGAGGAUUUUCAGAAGCCUAUUACAAAUCACCAUCCUCCAACUCUAUUGCUUGUCCUUCAGCAUCUUGAGAAGGCUAGUCUUCUAGUGUAUGCUGGUGAAAAAACAUGCGGGUCAUGGUUGUUAAGUGGCGAUGGCGACGGAAAUGAAUUAAGAUCUCAACAGAAGGCUGCAAGCCAGCACUGGAAUUUAGUUACUCUUUUUUGCCAGAUGCACCAGAUUCCUUUAAGCACUGUGUACCUCGCUUUCUUAGCAAGAGACAAUGACUGGGUUGGAUUUCUCUCAGAGGCGCAGGUUGGUGGUUAUCCUUUUGAUUUGGUGGUUCAAGUGGCAGCAACAGAGUUUACCGAUCCACGUCUUAGGACUCACAUAUUAACAGUCUUGAGAGGCAUGCAGUGGAGGAAGAAGGCUUCCUUGUCUUCUAGUUCAGAUUCUCCAAAAGGCAGGACUGAAUUUUCCCAUUCAGAUCAAACUUUUGGUACAUCUGCAGAACUAUUUCAAAUAUUAGCUCAGUGUGAGAAACAAAAAGAACAAGGAAUGGCACUUCUUUUGAAGGCAAAAGAGUUGAGCUGGUCUUUGUUGGCUGUGGUUGCUUCAUGUUUCUCUGAUGUCGCUCCAUUAUCUUGCUUAACUGUGUGGCUUGAAAUUACUGCUGCCAGGGAGAUCUCUUCAAUCAGAGAAAAUGAAAUUGCUUCUCAGAUAGCAAGCAAUGUUGUAGCCGCUGUAGAGGCUUCAAAUUCCCUGCCAGCUGGUGAUAGAGUUUCAACUUUCCAUUAUAACCGGAAAAGUCCAAAGCGUCGACGGCUCAUGAAUGAUAUGCCAGAGGACUUCUCUUCUGCCACUAUGAAUUGCACCGUAAAUGAUCAUGCAAAAUUACUUGUUGAAGAGUUGAAGGAAUCAGGAACUACGGAUGAUAUCAAAUUGGUGAAGAAUUCAGAUGACUGGUCCACGUCUUUGCCAAAACUGGUUGCCGUGCUUUGUCAACAAAAUCAGUUCCUUCCUUUGCUAAGAUCUUUUGAAAUGUUUCUACCCUCUUGUCCUUUGUUACCGUUCAUCCGUGCUCUUCAGGCAUUUUCUCAGAUGCGUCUAUCUGAAGCUUCAGCACAUUUGGGGAUGUUUUCAACCAGUAAGGAGGAGGCAUCAUGGAUAAGCUCAACUGCAGUGAAAGCUGCUGAUGCUAUUCUUUCGACAUGCCCAUCCCCUUAUGAAAAAAGAUGCUUACUACAGCUUCUUGCUUCAACUGACUUCGCUGAUGGAGGAUCUGCUGCUGCAUGUUAUCGACGUCUGUACUGGAAAAUCAAUUUAGCGGAGCCUGUGCUAAGGAAGCAUGAGGAUCUUCAAUUAGGAAAUGAGACUCUGGAUGAUGCUUCUCUCUUAUCCACACUUGAAAAUAAUGGCUACUGGGAACAAGCCCGCAACUGGGCUCGUCAGUUGGAGGCCAGUGGUGCACCAUGGAAGUCUGCAGCUCACCAUGUUACUGAGAGACAGGCGGAGUCGAUGGUUGCAGAGUGGAAGGAAUUUCUGUGGGAUGUACCUGAAGAAAGAGUUGCUUUAUGGCGUCAUUGUCAAAACCUGUUCAUUAGAUAUUCAUUUCCUGCUUUACAGGCAGGAUUGUUCUUUCUCAAACAUGCAGAGGCUGUGGAGAAAGAACUUCCACCGAGAGAGCUACAUGAUAUGUUACUACUUUCUCUACAAUGGUUAAGUGGGAUAAUUACACAAUCUAUUCCUGUAUGUCCUCUUCAUCUAUUACGAGAAAUUGAGACCCGGGUUUGGCUUCUAGCUGUAAAAUCUGAAGCUGAAAUAAAAGGAGAACGAGUUUCCAAUUUUACCAGAUCUAGUCAAGAUCAGACGUCCGGAAAUAGUGCCAACAUCGUAGACCAAACUGCAGAUGUUGUCACGAAAAUGGAUAGCCACAUAAAUACUCUGAAGACUAGGGCUUCUGAGAAAGGAGAUGUUAAAGAAAAUAAUAAUUUGCACUACAAGAGCUCGCAAACACGGGAUGCUGGCAUAUCAGCUGCAACUGGGAGCGCGAAGAUUAAACGGAAGAAUAAACCAUAUGGUUCCUCGCGAAGGUCUAUGGUUGACAUCAUUGACAGGAGUACAGAUGCUGAUGACAGUUCUCUCCCUGCUUUGAACUUUAUAUAUGACUUACAAGAUGAAAACCUGGGAAUUGAUGCAUCAUUUUCAAGUUGGGACGAAAGAAUUGGACCAGCAGAGCUUGAAACGGCUGUUCUUUCUUUAUUGGAAUUCGGACAAAUAACUGCUGCCAAGCAACUGCAACAUAAGCUUUCAUCUGGACAUGUGCCUGUUGAGUUGACAAUUGUAGAUGCUGCCCUAAAAUUUGCGGAACUGUCAACUCCACUGAAGAAGCAAUUCUUAUCAAUGCUGGAUGAGGAUAUGCAUUCUCUUAUUCAGUCAUAUAACUUGCCAACUGAAGAUCAUCUCUUUGAUCCACUCCAGGUACUAGAGAGCUUAUCUGUCAUAUUAACUGAAGGUACUGGACGUGGACUUUGCAAGAGAAUCAUUGCAGUUGUGAAGGCUGCUAACAUCUUGGGUGUUUCAUUUGUGGAAGCCUUUGAGAAGCAGCCCACGGAUUUGUUACAGUUGCUUUCUCUUAAAGCACAAGAUUCUUUUGAUGAAGCAAUACUUUUGGUACAAUCUCAUCCCAUACCAGCGACUAGUAUUGCAAAAAUUCUGGCAGAAUCCUUCUUGAAGGGUUUGUUAGCAGCACAUCGUGGUGGAUACAUUGAUUCUCAGAAGGAAGAAGGGCCUGCCCCUUUGCUGUGGAGAUUUUCAGACUUCCUAAAGUGGGCUGAUCUGUGUCCCUCGGAACAAGAGAUGGGGCAUGCUUUGAUGCGAUUAGUAAUUACAGGACAAGAAAUUCCGCAUGCCUGCGAGGUAGAACUUCUUAUUCUGUCGCACCACUUCUACCACUCAUCAGCUUGUCUAGACGGGGUCGAUGUUCUUGUAGCCCUUGCGGCAACAAGGGUUGAGACUUAUGUUUCUGAGGGUGAAUUUUCUUGUUUGGCUCGUCUAAUAACUGGAGUGGGAAACUUCCAUGGACUGAAUUUUAUACUCGGCAUUCUUAUUGAAAAUGGACAACUGGAGCUUCUUCUUCAAAAGUAUUCUGCAGCUGCUGAUGCAAAUACUGCAGUCGCUGAAACUGUCAGAGGAUUCCGCAUGGCUGUAGUUACAGCAUUAAAGCAUUUUAACCCCAAUGAUCAUGACGGUUUAGCCAUGGUUUAUAAACACUUCGACUUGAAGCACGAAACAGCUUCUUUAUUGGAGUCACGAGCUGAGCAGUCUUACCAGCGGUGGUUCCUUCGCCGCAACAAGGAUCACAAUGAAGAUCUCCUUGAAUCAAUGCACUUUUACAUUGAAGCUGCAGAAGUCUAUUCCUCCAUUGAUGCGGGCAAUAAAACACGCUCUGCUUGUGCUCAGGCUUCCCUUGUGUCCCUUCAAAUCCGAAUGCCUGAUACCCAGUGGUUAAAUUUAUCUGAAACCAGUGCUCGCAGAUUACUGAUUGAGCAGACACGAUUCCAGGAAGCAUUAAUUGUGGCUGAAGCUUAUAAUAUUAAUCAACCUAGUGAGUGGACACCGGUGUUAUGGAACCAGAUGCUAAAACCAGAAAUCGUAGAGCAAUUUGUGGCUGAAUUUGUGGCUGUGCUUCCUCUACAGAAUUUUGUACUUGUGGAAUUGGCAAAAUUUUACAGAUCGGAGAUGGUAGCAAGGGUAGACCAGUCCAAUUUUUCAGCCUGGCUCACAGGAGGAGGUUUACCUGCUGAAUGGUCUAAGUAUAUGGGAAGGUCAUUUCGCUGUUUGCUUAAAAGAACAAGAGAUUUGAGGUUCCGUUUGCAGAUGGCUUCCAUUGCAACUGGGUUUAAUGAUGUGAUUGAUGCAUGUAACAGAACCUUUGACAAGGUUCCUGAAAAUGUUGGACCACUUGUGCUGAGAAAAGGGCACGGUGGGGCAUAUCUCCCAUUGACGUAGGAUGGGAAAUUGAACAAAAAGAAGAGUUCAAGGUCUUUGAUUCUGAAAUCUCUGGUUACCUGUGCUGCAGAAAUGUGUGGGCCCAUCUCCUGACAAUGUAUAUGGAAAUCGUUGAAGGCGGACGUGUCAGCGUUGACGACGAUGAUGCAAACUCUGUUGAUAACGUUCGGUGUUGGUGUGCUGUCCUCUAGAGUUCAUAUGUUUGGUAUUCAGGUUAUUCGGCAUGAAAACAAUUUUGUCCACGACUUAGUAGUGGACAUUCUGAGUGUAGAAAAUUAGGUUUAGGUACAAAGCUUAUUGGUUUUCCCGGCAAGCAUUCGGCGGAGGCCCAUGCUCAUCAUUUGAAGUGAUUUUUUGUGAGGUAUGCUGAGUCUCAAAUUUUGUAGGACAAAGAUAUAUCAUUCUUUCGAAAGGAAAUGUAAAAUCUGUAAAUAUCAGUCCUCAAACAAGAGGACAGUUGAGUAAUACAGUGGAGCUCGAAUUUACCGACUCAAGAAGUAAUUUAAUUCUGUAGAGAUCUGAAAGUUCUAGAUAUGUUAUGUACAAGUUAUUCGUGCUGCC